AUGAUCCGAUUCCCCAGUGACUAUCGCACCGUCAUGUCGACCACCGAUGAGCUGAGCACCGAUAGACUGACCCGUCGCACCGUACUCUUGAGCUGCGGCUCAUUCAACCCCAUAACUCAUAUGCACUUAAGAAUGUUUGAAUUGGCAAAAGACUACCUGAGCCGAUACGCCCGGCCCCAGCACGUGGUCGUCGAGGGCAUCAUAUCGCCCACACACGACGCCUACGAGACCGCCAAACGUCUGGCGCCCGCCACACACCGGUGCCGUAUGGUGGAGCUUGGCCUACAGCCCAUGAAUGCCGUCCCACACUGGGUCCGGUGCUCGGACUGGGAGGCCCGGCAGCCGCAAUGGCCGCGCACGCUACCGGCGCUCGACUACUAUAAGAGCCAAUUAGCGCCGGGCGUAGGGCUGAUGUUUUUGUGCGGCGCCGACCUCUUCGAGACGUUCAACGUGCCGGACCUCUGGAGGGAUGAGGAUAUCCGCCGUAUUUGCGCUGAUUAUGGACUUGUGGUGAUCACCAGACAGGGAUCAGAUCCGUGGCGUACGCUCGAGAAGAGUCCCAAAGCGGAUAUUCUUCAGGAAUAUAAGAAUAAUAUAUUUAUAGUCGAGGAGAAGAUCCCGAAUGCCGUGAGUUCUUCGGCGGUGAGGGAAGCGAUUAAGUGUGGGGAUAGUAUCCGGUAUUUAGUGCCCGACCCCGUAAUCCAGUAUAUUAGGGAUAACCACUUGUAUGAGUCGUGA